AUGCGCCUACUCUACCCUUUCGCCAGCCUCAUGGCGCUCGCCAAUGCGGCUGGGACCGACUCCGAGCACGGCAUCAACGCUCCUACUACUCCGAACCACGAUCAGAUGAGCAUAUCUCACGACACAUCGUAUAAUACACCCUUUCGCGUCCUUCAUACCGUCAUAGGGACCUCUACCGUUUGGCUGGACGACUCUUCCACUGAGCUGGAUGGUUCUUCCACCAAGCUGAGCGACUCCCAAACCAAGUCGAGUGCCUCUUCCACCAGUUCCUCUUCCACGGCCUCUUCCGCCUCCAUCGCUACUCCCUCCUCGCCCACGCCACUAUCAAUCACGAACAUGACCAUCUACAACAACGACAAAGACAACGACGACGACGGCAGCAAAACCAUCGACACCCUCUGCACCAACCCCCAGGCCAAAAGCACCAACCUCCUCACUAACGGCAACUUCUCCCUCCCCGGCCUCGCCCCCUGGACCGUCACGGGCAACCUCACACAGCUCCCCGGCAGCCUGCCCAGCUGGGGCAUCGACAGCGUGCCCAACAGCGCCUCGUCGCUAGCCUUUCUCUACCCGUCAUCGUUCGACCACCCGGACAGCAACGACGUCGGCUCCUCGGCCGCCGGCGACACGACCAACGCCUUCUACGCCAACGUCCGGCGGCCGCGGCGGCGCGAGGUCACGCUGUCGCAGGAGUUCACGGUUUCGGAUGGUCAUCACGGCGAGAGUAGCGGUAGCACGAAUGGGCUGCUUUAUUUCGGGGUCAAGGUGAGGGCGAGCAGGCCGAAGCCGCCAGCGACGAUGGAGUGCGACUACUACUUCUCCCCCGGCGGUGGUGCUAAGGAGCAGGUGAUGGCGUUGGCUUCGGGGACGGUGCCGGUGCCGACGGUGAGGGGAUCGUGGGGGGAGUGGAGCGUGCUGUUUGAUGGUGGUAGUGGGGGUAGAGGAGCGGAUGCGCGGCAGGGCGUGAGGUGCAGGAUUGGAGUGGUGGAGGGUGAUUUUGACGGGAAUGAGGACGUGACGGUUUAUCUGGAUGAUGCUGUUGUUGCCGGGUGCUCUUAG